UACCAGUCUCGCUCCUGCCCAGCCCGGGCGGCUGCCUUUGGGUGCUCCCUUCCCUGCCCGACACCCAGACCGACCUUGACCGCCCACCUGGCAGGAGCAGGACAGGACGGCUGGACGCGGCCAUGGCCGAGCUCCCGGGGCCCGUUCUCUGCGGGGCCCUGCUAGGCUUCCUAUGCCUGAGUGGGCUGGCCGUGGAAGUGAAGGUACCCACAGAGCCGCUGAGCACGCCCCUGGGGAAGACAGCCGAGCUGACCUGCACCUACAGCACGUCGGUGGGAGACAGUUUCGCCCUGGAGUGGAGCUUUGUGCAGCCUGGGAAGCCCAUCUCUGAGUCCCAUCCAAUCCUGUACUUCACCAAUGGCCAUCUGUAUCCAACUGGUUCUAAGUCAAAGCGGGUCAGCCUGCUUCAGAACCCCCCCACAGUGGGCGUGGCCACACUGAAACUGACUGACGUCCUCCCCUCAGAUACUGGAACCUACCUCUGCCAAGUCAACAACCCACCAGAUUUCUACACCAAUGGGUUGGGGCUAAUCAACCUUACUGUGCUGGUUCCCCCCAGUAAUCCCUUAUGCAGUCAGAGUGGACAAACCUCUGUGGGAGGCUCUACUGCACUGAGAUGCAGCUCUUCCGAGGGGGCUCCUAAGCCAGUGUACAACUGGGUGCGUCUUGGAACUUUUCCUACACCUUCUCCUGGCAGCAUGGUUCAAGAUGAGGUGUCUGGCCAGCUCAUUCUCACCAACCUCUCCCUGACCUCCUCGGGCACCUACCGCUGUGUGGCCACCAACCAGAUGGGCAGUGCAUCCUGUGAGCUGACCCUCUCUGUGACCGAACCCUCCCAAGGCCGAGUGGCCGGAGCUCUGAUUGGGGUGCUCCUGGGCGUGCUGUUGCUGUCAGUUGCUGCGUUCUGCCUGAUCAGGUUCCAGAAAGAGAGGGGGAAGAAGCCCAAGGAGACAUAUGGGGGUAGUGACCUCCGGGAGGAUGCCAUCGCUCCUGGGAUCUCUGAGCACACUUGUAUGAGGGCUGAUUCUAGCAAGGGGUUCCUGGAAAGACCCUCGUCUGCCAGCACCAUGACGACCACCAAGUCCAAGCUCCCUAUGGUUGUGUGACUUCUCCCGAUCCCUGAGGGCAGUGAGAGGGAAUAUCAAUAAUUAAAGUCUGUGGGUACCA